CCCACCCAUACUGAUGGACGCUAAAGCAUAUGUGAACGCUUUUAUUAAUUUAUGGAUUUUGAGCAUCGGGAUCAGUUUAUCCAUAUUUUAAGUUGGAUCCAGUUGUUUCAGAAGGGAAUUCACUUUGCUUCAUCUUCAUUUGCAAGUUUGCAGCGAUAGUGAGCUUGAGUACUUAUGGACAACCCGGAAGUAGUUCUUUUUGUGGACAAGUCCUCGGAAGAGAGAGCUGCUAGCAGUAAAUAUGUUCUAACUCAGACAGUACAACUGAACUUUCCAGGAAAAGUAAACAAGGAACAAGUAAAAAGUGGUCAACACUAAUAGCGGAAAUUCAAAGUGAUAGAGCUGAAGCUGCUUCUUUUCUUCAAAAAUGGAGGAAGAUUUUUGUAACAUCAUGUGUGUUUGCUGUUUUAUUGGAUCCUUUGUUCCUCUACGUUCCAAUUAUCAGUCAGGACAUGACGUGUUUGCGAUUGGACGAAAACCUGAAGAAAGCAGCUCUUAUCUUGCGAUCUAUUACUGACCUCUUUUAUAUAAUGGACAUCAUUAUUCAACUUCACAGAUCUGAUUGUGAUAAGUGUUCAGGUUUAAUCAAUAAAUUUCGUCAGAGAAGAGGCUGUUGCUCCAAAUUCCAGUUCAUAUGGAAGUAUUUUUUAACAACGAUAGCUAAGACGAUUUGGUGGUCAUACAUCUUAAUUGACAUGUUAGCUAUUCUCCCUCUUCCGCAGGUUCUAAUUCUCCAUUUCUUUUCGAAAAUGAGGGGCUCAAGAUCUUUAAAUACAAGGAAGUUUAUUAUGAAUUCUUUUGUUCUGAUGCAAUAUGUGCCACGGGUUUUUCGCAUCUACCAAUUGUGCAAAGAGCCUAAAAAGUCUGUCCAUGAAGAGAGUACUGCAAUAUGGGUUAAAGGUGUACUAAAUUUGUUCAUGUACAUUCUUGCGAGUCAUGUACUCGGAGCUGUAUGGUAUUUUUUGGCUGUCCAACGAAUGACAAUUUGCUGGCAGUAUGCUUGUCGAAAUGAAAACAAAUGUGACACUAGUACUUUUAGCUGUUAUGACCAUGGUUCAUUGAUAAAUAUCACAUUUAUGAAUGAUAUAUGCCCCAUUGAUCCACCGAAUGCAAAGCUUUUCGACUUUGGUAUAUUUCUUAGUUUGUUUCAAUCUGGUAUACCAAGGUCAACAAGUUUUCUACAGAAGUUCUCGAAUUGCUUUUGUUGGGGCUUGCGCAAUUUGAGUUCUCUCGGCUCAAACCUCCAGCCCAGUACGAAUACAUGGGAAAACUUCUUUGUGGCUUUUGUUUCUAUAAUGGGCUUGCUGCUGUUUAUAUACCUCAUUGGAAAUUUGCAGACAUAUAUGCAGUUGGAGACUACAAGAAUAGAGUCGCAUAGACACAAGAUGAAAAUUAAACGAAAGAUACAAGAGAUAGGUCCGGAGAUAGAAUUGUGGUUAUCUAAAUCUGGCUUGCCUAAGAAUCCAAAGGACAAAAUAAAGCCGCAGAUCAUGGAAAAGGUACAACAAGUACUUGCAGAAAACAAGAAUGCCGGUUUAGAUCAUAUCAUCUCUAUUCUUCCCUCGGAACUUCGAAGGUAUAUCGAAAGUUUUUCGCCUUGGAAUAGACUGAAACAGGAGCUAGUGCUUCAAACUAUGGAUGAAGAAGUGCUGAAAGUAAUACGUGAACAUCUUAAACCGAUGAAGUAUACUAAGAACAAUGUCAUUAUUCAAGAGAAUGAACCACUUGAAAUGAUGCUCAUCAUUGUGGAAGGACAUCUAAGUAUUGAAAAGAGAGAUUACGCUAGUAAUACACAGCGGGGUCCAACAGAAUUAUAUGGAGAGAAACUUCUAACUUGGCCUUCAUCAAGCUUCUUUCCUGGCAAAUUACCCACGGCAGCAGAGUCUGCUAGGGCAAUUGAUGAUGUUGAAGCCCUUGUUCUCAUGGCCGACGACAUGAAGAGUGUAGGCAUUAAAUUCAGGUCGCAGUUUACAGAUUUCGCCAAAUUCAAAGGUAGAUUGUCUAUUCAUCUGGAAACUUCUACACCAGCACUUAGAAUCUACACUGCAGAAGAACUUAAGAAGGCAACAAACAAUUAUCACGAAAGUGGAAUCGUUGGUGCAGGAAGCUCUGCGACAAUUCACAAAGGAAUACUACCAAAUCAUGAAACAGCGGUUGCCAUAAAGAAGUUCAAAAAAUUUUCUGAAUCAUCCUACACUCAUCAGGAUGUAAUAGAUGAGAUAGUUCUCAAUUCUCGUCUGAACCACAAAAAUGUGGUGAGGCUCUUAGGUUGUUGUCUAGAGUCAGAAGUACCUUCAAUGGUUUUUGAGUUCAUCCCCAAUGGCACUCUUGCUGAGCAUGUUUAUGACAAAAGCAAAGGAUCAACAGUUACACUCCCAUUGGAAUUACGAAUGAAGAUAGCAGCGGAAACUGCAGGAGCACUAGCAUACUUGCACUCCCUCACUAUGCCAAUCAUACACCGAGAUGUGAAGACAACAAGUAUUCUGUUAGAUGAAAAUUACAGGGCAAAACUGAUAGACUUUGGGAUUUCACGAGUGUUGACCUCUAUGGAUAAAACUCAUAUAUCAACUAAUGUGAAAGGAUCAUUCGGAUACUUGGACCCUGAAUAUUAUCGUAGACAGGAACUAACACCGAAGAGUGACGUCUACAGCUUUGGAGUUGUCCUUGGGGAGCUACUAACAAGCAGAAAGGCAAUUAAUCGUGAGGAACCUUGCAAGAGAAUUGCAGUCCUUGCGGAGUUGCUUAAAAGUUCAGUGGAAAAGGGUCUCUUGGACCAAAUUCUUGAUCAACAAAUUGUGAAUGGGGAAAAUAUUGAGACCGCAAAAAAAGUUGCUGAUCUCGCAUACAGAUGUUUAAGGGACAGUGGGGUGUCUAGGCCUUCCAUGAAAGAAGUAGCAACAGAACUCGAGGGAUUGGUGGGAGUUAUUGCAAAUAAUCAAAUUAAUUUUCCAUAGUUGAAUUUUAUUACUUAGACUAGUUAAGGUUUUCCAUCUGCACAACUCCGGUUUCUCCAUCCUAUGUGGUGCGUCUCCACCCUUUUGUGGUGACUUUCCUGAGUUUGGUCUCAGCUUUAGAUCUGUUUAUGUCUCUUUCUCUUUCUAUCUUUCCUUGUUCUUGCCCAAUUGUUCAUCAAAUUUCCAGAUCUACUAUCAAAUCUCAAAGUCUUCUCAAUCUCAAACACCUCACCCUCUCAUCUUCAUCCGAAUUUUCUCUUUUUCCACAACCUCAUCUUCACAUUCAACCUUUGAUGUCUCGACAGAGAGCUGUUCACUUAACUUCACACAUGAAGAUUGUAGUAGUACCGGCAAACCACCGAAGAUUGUGGACAUCACCGGUUUAGUGGUGUUGUGAUGCAUGAUGGUGUCCACCUCCACGACUACCUUUACUAAGUUCUUUGUUUUGUUCUUGUUGUUCUUCCUGUGCUUGCAAUUUAGGUGUGGAGAAUGAUGGUGGAGAGUUUACUUGGCCUCUGGAUGUCAAGAUUCUGCCAGGGUCAGUUGGUCGCAGUAUCACCAUGGCGGCCAGCAGAGGUGUUGAAGUGAAGAGUUUGGUGUUAGGUCUUGGUUCUUUUGGUAUUUUGGGCUUUUGGGCUUCGGUUUUAGUUUUAGGUAUGGGUUGUCUAUUGGGUUUUUGGGCCUAGAACUCCAAUUUUCUCUGUAUUACUUUUGUAAUAUGUGUUUCAUCAAAUGAAAGUUCUAUUUGACCCAAAAAAAAAAUUUAGGUUUUCCAUUCCUUGUUCCUAGUCAGGUUUUGUUUUAAUUCUAUCGCGUAAGAACUAAGAAUAUAAGACUUGUAUAUAUCAUACGGAGAGCAGUUUUUGCUCUAGUGAUUGAGUGGUUAGUAGCAGAGUGUUUGUGUUA